GCCUGGUUCGGGUGUGUUGAUGAAGCCCCGCGCUUCACCCACGUGUCUGUGCUGUGGCUCUCCCCUGUGCGAACAUGGCGGACCAGGAGCUGGCGGAGCAGGGAACUCGAGCAGAUAUCCUUCAAAACGGAGACGCGCACGAGCCCAAAGACGAAGCCGAUCACAACGACGACGCGUCGAAGAAGAAAAAGAAGAAGAAAAAGAAGAGUAAAGCGGCGAUCGUAGGAAAUGCAAAUGGAGAAGAUGCUGCUAUAAAUAAAGUGAAUAUACAGUUGGAGCAGCAGGUCUUGGAUGAUCAAGAGAAGGAAGAGGAUGGCGAGGAUGAUGGUGAGGAAUCUGGAAAGAAGAAGAAAAAGAAGAAGAAGAAGAAAGGCAGCAAGGCUCAAACAGACCCUCCAUCUAUUCCAAUCUGCGAACUUUAUCCAAGUGGAGUUUUCCCUAAGGGUCAAGAAUGUGAAUACCCACUUUUACAAGAUGGGCGCGAUGCUGCAUGGAGAAUGAGCAAUGAAGAAAAGCGUGUGUUGAAUCAGGCCAGUGAGGAAAUAUGGAACGAUUUCAGACAAGCUGCAGAGGCACAUCGGCAGGUCAGGAGCUAUGUCAUGAGCUGGAUUAAACCAGGCUUGCCCAUGAUUGACAUUUGCCAGAAGCUGGAGGACUGCUCUAGAAAGCUAAUUAAAGAGAAUGGGCUAAAUGCUGGCCUUGCAUUUCCUACUGGCUGCUCCCUCAACCACUGUGCUGCUCACUAUACACCAAACGCUGGUGACUCCACAGUGCUCCAAUACGAUGACGUCUGCAAGAUCGACUUCGGCACGCACAUUAAUGGUAGAAUAAUUGACUGUGCCUUUACCGUCACUUUUAACCCAAGGUAUGAUAAACUGCUGGAAGCCGUUAAAGAUGCCACAAAUACUGGAAUUAAGUGUGCAGGAAUUGAUGUCCGUCUUUGUGACAUUGGAGAAUCCAUUCAGGAAGUCAUGGAAUCUUAUGAAGUGGAAUUAGAUGGGAAAACAUACCAAGUCAAGCCAAUACGGAAUCUCAAUGGCCAUUCAAUUGGACAGUACAGAAUACAUGCAGGAAAGACUGUGCCUAUUGUAAAGGGUGGAGAAGCAACCAAAAUGGAGGAAGGAGAGGUGUAUGCCAUCGAGACUUUUGGAAGCACCGGAAAAGGCAUGGUGCAUGAUGACAUGGAGUGUUCACAUUACAUGAAAAACUUUGAAGUUGGACAUGUGCCAAUCAGACUUCCAAGGGCCAAGCAUUUGUUGAAUGUUGUCAAUGAGAACUUCGGCACGUUGGCAUUCUGUCGCCGCUGGCUUGACCGACUGGGCGAAACUAAAUACCUGAUGGCACUGAAGAACCUGUGUGACCUGGGCAUCAUCGACCCAUACCCACCUCUUUGUGACACUAAAGGCUGUUACACGGCUCAGUUUGAACACACCAUCUUACUGAAGCCAACCUGCAAGGAGGUGGUCAGCAGAGGCGAUGAUUACUAAAGCUAGUUCUCACCAAUUUCUCAAAAUUUCACUGAUACACAUGUUCAUGUGUUCAAGUUGCUUUAGGGGCUAAAUGUGUAGCGGGACUGUGAGCUCAACUUUUCUCGGAAAAUUGUUUUGGAAAUUAUGCUCUUUGGUGCUGGUAUUUUGAAAGCUGUUUGCAUUUGCCACACAAUCAAUGCUCUUUUUUGUCCACACCUACUGAGCAGUUGUAAGACCAGGAAUUGUCAAAUUUUGAAAAAUUGGUGGACUUCUCUUAACAUAUAACACAAGUAUGUUAGCCCAGGGAAGAUUAUGGUUGACUGUAUUAUUAAACCAUAAUGCAAAAAAGUAUUUAGAAAGGGUGUGUGGAGAACAUCAUGGUCACAGAUAUAUAUAAAUAUAUAUACUGUAUGUAUAUGUAUGUUUCCUCAACAGCUUUUAUUUGUAGCCAUAUUUGAUUGCAUUCUUUAUUCAAACCUUGGACAGAGUAAUAAGACCCUGCACACAUUUGAUUGUUGAAGUUGUUUAAUUACCAGACAGUGUACAUACAACUUACACAUGCAUUCAUGCUUUUUGCAUUUAGGGAAAAAAAUAAUAAUCCUUGCUUCACUUGGACUAGAACAAAAGAUGGCUGUUUAUAAAAGCCUUGAAUGUUUUGGCUAAGCUUUUUUCAUAUGGAGAACAGUCGCAUCUCUCUGGGUAACGCACAAUGCUGUUUUAUUUUGAAUUACAAAUAAAAUUUGUAAGAAAUUACA